UAGGUUUUCUGCUCCUUGCUCUCAUCUGGAAGUUUGAUUUCUCUCCUUUCAUGGUUUUGGUUAUCGCCAUACUCAACGAUGGAACAAUCAUGACUAUUUCCAAGGAUAGGGUGAAGCCAUCUCCUCUUCCAGACUCAUGGAAGCUAAAGGAGAUCUUCGCAACCGGCGUAGUCCUGGGCACCUACAUGGCUGUCAUGACUGUUGUUUUCUUCUGGGCUGCUCAUGGCUCUGACUUUUUCACAGAACGAUUUGGGGUAAGAUCUAUCAGGGGAAAUUUUCCUGAGCUUACAGGAGCUAUCUACCUUCAAGUGAGCAUUAUUAGUCAGGCACUCAUCUUUGUUACUCGGUCCCGAAGCUGGUCUUAUGUUGAACGCCCCGGUUUACUUCUCUUGGGAGCCUUUUUCAUAGCACAGCUGAUUGCUACCAUCAUUGCUGUUUAUGCAAACUGGGGCUUUGCAAGAAUCCGUGGCAUUGGAUGGGGAUGGGCAGGGGUUAUCUGGCUCUACAGCAUUGUCACUUACAUACCUUUGGACAUUCUUAAGUUCAUCAUUCGAUACAUAUUGAGCGGCAAGGCCUGGGAUAAUGUACUUGAGAAUAAGACUGCUUUCACAACAAAGAAGGAUUACGGAAAGGGAGACAGGGAAGCCCAAUGGGCUACCGCUCAACGAACCCUCCACGGUCUGCAGCCUCCCGAGACAGCUGAGCUCUUCCAUGACAAGAACUACAGAGAGUUGUCUGAAAUCGCCGAACAGGCCAAGAAGCGGGCUGAAGUUGCUAGGUUGAGGGAGCUUAACACACUCAAGGGGCACGUCGAGUCGGUGGUGAAGCUCAAAGGACUGGACAUCGACACCAUUCAACAGCACUACACUGUUUGAGUGAGUGGCAAGAAUUUUUGGGCAAAGCGAGUCUUGAGAGGGCAGAAGACAACUAGCGCAUUGGUAGGACAAUUUAGUGUUCAUCCUUGAAAAACCAGCAGAAAAACAAGAAAAAAAAUGUUGUUUGUCAUUUGACUUUGUAGGAGGAUGAAGGGGUUGGGAAUAAUCCGAGGGAGUUGUCUCAGACAACCUAAGGUUGGAAUAAAUUAUAUCAGGAGGUUGAAUCUUGUAUUCUCUAUGGAUUAAAUAAUUAGUUCAUUUCAAUGAUAA